UGUGUACAUUACAGGAAAAUCAUUGAAGUACCAGCUAUGGUAAUUACUAGAUACUUUCAUAACAUCCCACAAAUGUUUUAACAUGAAUUUGUUGAGCAAAAAUGAGACUGUAAAUAUUUAUUAGAAUGAAUUUUGAAAUCAAGUCAUAUUUUUAAAAGAUAACUAAAGGUAACAGUCUACGCUAUGAUGAUACAUCUACAGUGAGACUAGUAUUCUGCGUAUUGUAUUAAUUUGUUAUUAUGUGUGAUAACUGCAAGUAUAAUAUCUACUUCAAACAAUUUCUUGUAAUCAAACAGUUUGUGCCUCUGCAUAUGUUGUCUUGAUGGAGUCUACUAUUGAAUUUUUUAUAUUAUUUUCUUCUUUUGGUGUGAAAUUCUAGCUCACAGGGCACGUGGAGACUGCAGGUAUAAUAUAACUGCUACUUUUUAAUUUAAUUCACAAAUAUUCCUGUCUGCUACCUAGCACUUAAUUGUGCAUUAUUGUUCUGACCAUUGUUUCAUUUGCUUCACUGUAUGCCUCGACAUCAACAUCAAAAUUGCCUUUUUAUCUCUUGCCCAACCAAGUUCUCAGGAAACCUGAGUGUGGUGUUUCAUGAGCAGCUUUCCUCCUCUGACCAUAUUGCAUCUGCCUCCCAGUCAUGCUGCUUUGUAUUAUACAACAUAAUAAAAGCUUUACCCAACUCAGUACACCACUCAGCUUUUGGAAUAGGCCAUGGUUUUCCCUGACCUUGACGACUGCGAUGUCAUUCUAGUGUGUCUCCCUUCAUGCACAGUGGAAUCCUUACAAAUGGUCAAGAAUGCAGUAGUGCGUCCGGUCACUAAUGCUUGCCUACAGAGUGAUCAGGUUGUUCUUGUUUGUGGUUUCCCGAUGGUGGAAGAAGUAACCAAAUACUAUCAGAGCAGGUGCAUCUCUUUCUAUCUUCAAGAGUAUGUUGAAGACUCAUCUCUUACAAGAGCACUUCCUCUCCUGACCUAGAACACCCUAACAUGCUUAACUCACUCUUACUGUGCACUUCUUUACCUGAUCUCUUUACAGUUUUAGUACUUAGUGUUUACUCCAAGAUCUCCUACUAUACUGAAGCUUGAGUGUUAUCCGUUAAGUCUAGGUGGUUUUGGAUAAAAGUGCCAAAUGAGUAAAUGUAAAUGUAAAUGUAUGUAAAUGUUCCUUAGCUGAGAUCAACUAAUGUCAGCAUUUCCAGAUUCACAAAAAUUAGUCAGGUGAUUGUUGUCUAUAGAAAUAAACAAGUGUGCAACAUCAUAUUUUGAGAAAACAAUUUCUGAGCUGUUUUGCCAACAUGUGCUUUCAGGAGAAAUAUUCAGUGUUGACCUGAACUGUGCUUUGUGGAUAAUUAGAUUGUAAACGCAACAAAGAUGCAUAUAGCAAUGUCUUUGCAAUUGGUCAGAUAAUCUAAAAAAUUAAAUUGAUACCUCUUAUUUUGUUUCUUCUUAACUAUAUUUUUGAACCCUGUUACACUUCUGCUCUUUAAUUUACAUGCUGUGAUUCAAAGUUUUACUAAAAUCACUCCAGGAAUAAAGCUCACGAUUUGACCAGGCAACUCAGUUGUAUUUCAUUUCUUGUCAUGGUCUGAGAAUCUUUACACUUUAUCUCCUUUUAGAAUAACUAUAGUAUAGAGAAAGUAGUCAACGCACUGAAAUCAGAUUAAACCUAUACAAAACUAUGUUAUACCCUAGAUACUCCAUACACUGUCAGUGGAAAUCUGUAGAAGUUGAUAAGUAGUUUGGAUGAGUACAGUGAGUUUAUUCACCUGAAAAAGGGUUAAUUUGAUGUUGAGAGGGUUACAUGCAAUAGACACAGGGGAUCAGACAUUGACCUUACUAACAUUAACUCAGAGUAGGACUCAUCUUAUUGGCCACUCCUGUCAAAACAUUUCAAGCUUGGCAGAACACAAAAGAACAAUGGUACACAGUACUGCCACGAGGAAGGGGGACGUCUGUCUAUAUUAAUCACUGCAUUGUGGAGAAGAAAAGCUUGAGGAGCUUUACAAUGGAGUUUUUCAACUCUGCGCUCGGGAGAAACAUCACCUUUGUGCGUCCUGCAUAUUUCAUAAUAAGUGGCUUUACUGGCAUACCUAAUGUCAAGUUUUACUAUGUCUUUCUCUUUUUUGUUUACAUUGUUUCAGUGGUGGGAAACAUAGCAGUGAUGACUGUAAUAUCCUUGGAUCAUGAUCUGAGAACUCCUAAAUAUAUUGCAGUUUUUAACCUUGCCUUUACAGACCUGUUUGGUAGCUCUGCUCUGGUGCCAAAGGUUCUUGACACCUUUCUGUUUAACCAUCACUACAUCCCCUACAACGACUGCUUGACAUACAUGUUUUUCUGCUACAGCUGUCUUUCAAUGCAGGCUCUUAAUCUGGUUGCACUCUCCUAUGACAGACUAAUAGCUAUUAUCUUUCCACUGCACUAUCAAGUGAAAGUGACUCACAGGUUCAUGUUUUCUUUGAUUGCUUCUUUCUGGGUCUUUGUCAUUACUGUUACACUGAUAGCAGCCGGCCUUCUCACAAGACUCUCCUACUGUCAGUCUGUGAUUAUUAACAGCUAUUUCUGUGACCAUGGACAGAUAUACAAACUUGCCUGCAAUGACAAAACUCCCAACAUUGUUAUAGGUCGUUUGUUGCCACUUGUUAUUCUUUGGAUUCCACUGGCAUUUAUCCUGUGUACUUACCUUUACAUUGGCUAUGCACUGUCUAAAGUAGCUACAGUUCAGGAAAGAGUGAAGGCCUUCAAAACCUGCACAGCUCAUCUUUCCUUAGUGACAAUCUAUUUCAUUCCAAUAUUAGUCACAUUUACUCUGAGUGCAAAAAUACAUCCAAAUGCCAGGAUCAUAAACCUGUCUCUGACCUCUGUCAUUCCUCCCAUGUUGAACCCAGUCAUCUAUGUUCUGCAGACACAAGAAAUCAAAGUAUCAGUGAAAAAAUUAUUAAGAAUCAGAAAGCAAUCCAAAAUUACAGUGAAGAGAGUAAAAAUGACCAUUUCUGUUUAGGACAUUGUGUACAUUACAGGAAAAUCAUUGAAGUACCAGCUAUGGUAAUUACUAGAUACUUUCAUAACAUCCCACAAAUGUUUUGACAUGAAUUUGUUGCAAUAAUAAUAAUAAUUAAUGUAAAUAUUAGAUAUUACACUUACUUAUACUUGAAAUCAAUUUUUAAAUGAACUAUUAUAAAUAUGGCAAAACAUGGUAACCACCCUCUAGACUAUGACAUGUAUGACAUCUAGUCAUGUUAGCACAAGAGUCGUAUUGUGCUAAUUGCAUUCAUUUGGACUAAUUUUCUUGUGUGCUAACUGCAACUAUACUGUGUAUACUGCUGAUGUUGUCUUGAUGGGGUCUACUGCAUAUCAGAAUAGUUAUAUUAUUUUCAUGUUUUGGUGCAAAAUUCUAGCUCAGAGGGUGUGUGAAGACUACAGUAGUAA